UGGUUCCCGUCGCCUUCUGCACUUUGUUUACAACCUUAAUUAUUAAUCGCGAACUUGGUGAAAAUGAUCGAUAUAAAAGAUGGUGGAAGGAUUAUAGCUACACUGCGCUAGCUUUAUCAAUUUUCUCUGCAGUUGAUAAUGAAGCUUUGAACGUGGCAUCUUCACAUUUUGCUGGUUAUAGAGCAUUAAGUGCUCCCUACACACGAGGCACAGAUCAGCGGAUUAUCUUGGCUACCGUUUUUAUUAUGUUUAUCGAAGACAUACCUCAAUUCAUAUAUUUGAUUAUUUAUCAAAAAGUUACUAUCAUUCCGGCCAUUGUUCCUAUUCUUGCACUUUCUUCAUGCACUAUUCUCAUAUUUAUUAGAAUAAUAUCGAUAAUAUAUCUUGCAUUCAUCUGUGAACGUGAACGAGAUCGACAUGAUGAUGAAUAUGAUGAAGAACUGGGAGAAAAAGAUAGUAUUGAAGAGGGAGCCGCUCCACCUGAAGGACCUAGAAAUCUUGGGAGACAAGAACCACCGGCUCUACUUGUUGAUCUUGGAAGCGAUGAGAACAGAAAGAAUGGAAAAUCCCGAUUUACACCUGGGGACGCGCGUUCACAGAAUCUUAGUAUUGAGACUGAUAAACCAAUAGGAAAAUUCUCCGGCGGCGAAAGUCAUAAAGCAGCAUUAAUAGGAGCAUCAAAGAACGGAAAGAAUGGAAAAACCCCACGUUCACCUAUUGAAGUAGAAGCGCAUAGAAGUGAUAUUAGCAGUGAUGUUGAAAAACCAAUAGGAAAAUACGUCGAAAGUCAAAUGAUAGACUCACCAGCGGAAGGAGGACGUUUCGAAACUAGAAUCACGCAAUAUAAAGAUGAAUAUGGUGUUAUUCAAACCAAAAAAGAACAGAUUUUUAUUCCUGAAGUUGAAACAAUUACUACUGUUCAUGAAGAAAAUAUUUAUAUUGAUUCAUCUGAUGUUCAUCAACAAACUCAUAUUAGCCAAGGCGGACAACAAGUUAGCCAAGUUGGACGUCAAAUUAGCCAAGGCGGACAUCAAAUUAUCCAAGGUGGACAACAAAUUAGCCAAGGUGGACAAGGUGGACAUUUAAUUAGUCAAGUUACAAGAGAUGAAUCAGUUAUUCAUGAGUUACCAGCUACUCAAAGUUCAACAAUAACAACUACCACCUAUGUAAGAAUCCAAAACAUUCGAAAUAUAAGAGAUGCUUCUUCAGGCCAAAUAAUUGAACAAUACACACAAGAAAUUCAAGGUGAACCUCAUACUCAUGUAACAAGAACAGAAGAGACACACGAAAUACCUGGAGGAUCUGAGACAGUUAUUACUACAGAAACAACGACUGAAUACGAAGAAUCUUCUCAAACACAAACAUUUAGUCACACUGAAUCAUCUAAAACUAACAAAUA